CAACCAACCACUCAACACAGCACUACCACCACCAUCACUGCUACCACUACAAACAAGCAGCUAACUCAUCCACCACUACUGACAACUACCAGUCAGCCAGCCAGCGACCACAUCCUCCACCAUGUCGCAGCAACUCCCCACUCGCCAAGCCUUCCUGGACGCGGACGGCCUCCAGCCCCUCGAAUGCCCCAUAUGCCGGCAACCCUUCGACUUGGAGGAGCACAGCGCACAGCAGGUUCGCGGCUGUAACCACUUCUUCGGAGAGCGUUGUAUCCGCCGCUGGUUCCGCUUGCCCACGGCCAACCACCACACAUGCCCGAUCUGCAGGGUCGAGCUCUUCCAGAACGAGCACGACGCCGACGCGGGCUCGCCGCGCACGCAGCGCCUCCGCGAGGCGGCGGCGCGCGGGCACCAGCAGGACCACGAGCGGCUGAACGGCGGGAGGAAUGCGGGCCGUCGCAGCGUGCGCUUCGCCAGCCCCCCUGCGAGCAGCAGCAGCGGUGGCUACCACCAAGCUCCCCAGGCGCCCCCGCCUGCUCCCGCUCCCUCCCACUCCUCCAGCCGGCCCAGCCCGCCGCAGGGCAGCAGCUCGCAACUAUACUCCUUUGCCGAGCCGCCGCCCAGCACGCGGCGCAUCUGGCUGCCCAUCCCGCAGGCUAGCACUGGGUUCCAGACCCCGCAGGCGGUCAUGGAUGCGGAGGCCCGCGCCGCCCGCGAGACGGGGGUUUCGAGCGUCAUGCACUAUGCGGCUUCGAAGCCGCCGCCGCCGCCGGGGGUUGAUCCGGUGGAGUGGUACACUAGGCGGCGGAGGAGAUAGAUACGGCGGAUUGGGGAGUGAAGGAGUCCAGGAGGAGGGAUACGGGGGAGGAUGGAUUCGAGGGAGUUUGAAGGCGUUCGGGGCGUUCGGGGUAUAGAUCUGGUUUCGGUUCUUAUUUUCACUUGGGUAUUGCAGGCUGAAGCACUCUAGGCUACGGGAUACGCAGGGGAACCUCCACGGCUACGAGGAUUGCAUGCGGAAUAGAUUUCCUUCAGUAUUGUGGGCUGAACAGCCCCGGGCUAGGGGAUACGCGGAGGGACCUCGAGGACUGCAUGCGGGAUAGAUUUGUUUCAGUAUUGCGGGCUGGAGGCG